AUGGCAACGCGUAGAAAGUUUAGUAUCGACAUUACAUCUCUACCGCGUAACCUGACGUCAUUCCUAACACAGAACUCUGUUCCCUGGGAUGAAGCCCGCUUUGAAGUCUCGCGAGAUGACAGGUCAGUAGGUGUGUACAAUGAGAUGGGCAAAGUCAGCUUCAUUAGCAAAUCGAGAACUCUGAAUUUUAGCGCCUGGUUGAAACAUGACAUUGCAUAUUUUCUUGCAAAUUUGGACUAUGUUGAUGCCCUCAAGGCCAACAGAGUUCAUCGGAAAGAAUUCUCAUGGAUGGAAAAUAAGACAAGGGACCAAGUCUUUGCCACAGCAUACAAGACUCUAUUCUCUUUAUCCGCAUCUUUGAAAGAAACCCUAUCCCGGUUUCUAGCAAGAGCUAAACCCAAGGAAUCAUCGAAGCUCGUUUGUACACAGAUUCGACUUUUUAGAAAUCCUUCAAAUCCAAAUGACAGUAAAAUCCCUAGGGGAGCUACGAUGUCAGAUGUUCAAAAGAUUUGGCAAUUCUUUCGAAAUUUUAGUGAUCCUUCAACAUACAAAAUAUUUGUCACUUCCGACUCCGAAACUGUCAUGCAACAAGCCCGGACGUUAUUUCCAAGCCAAAUUAUGGAAAGCGAAGGAAAAGUGUCCCAUAUUGAACGGGACACUGAUAGAAAAUCUCGGUGCGAUGGCUGGAAGAAGGUCAUCCUGGACCAGCAUGUGCUGAUGUCGUGUGACGUUCUGGUGUUGACGUUUAGUGGUGUAGGGCGGGUAGCGGCGUACGUCAGGGGGACGUCAAAAGGCCUCCACUGUAUGGUCGAGCAUAAACUGGUGAAGUGUUCGCCCAGCGAACUCCGCUCGCUGUUCAAUGUAAAUCCAAGUCAUCAGUUCUGUUCUUAACGGUCGCCGUUUCAGUUACCUUUAUUGUUAUCGCCGUCAACCACUUGGAGACUUACUCACGGCCUUCUGGAAAGAGAGUCCCAAACACACUUGGCCACAGAUUGACCACUUCCGGAGAAG